AUGUGUAUACUAUUGAGUUCUGUUUUGCAUCCUGAUUAUCCGUUGAUAUUGAUCUCAAAUAGAGACGAGUAUUUCAGCAGAAAGACCCAGCAUGCCGCGUUUCACCAAGACAAUCCGUCGUUGUUAUAUCCAAAAGAUCUCGCAAGACAGGAACACGGAACUUGGAUUGGAAUCAACAAGAACGGGAAAAUCGCAGUUCUACUCAACUACAGAGAACCAAAACUGGGAGAUUGCGUGGGAAAGAUAUCAAGAGGAGCCAUUCCGAUCGAAUUUCUCCAAUCAGACUUGGCCCCAGAAAAAUGGGAGCACGAGAUCGGUUCACAAACAGAGACCCUGCAAGACAUUGGAGGCUUUUCGUUGUUAUUUGGCAAAGUGAACGUGGAUCGGUCCACAAACGGCGCACAACCAUUGCGAAUAUUUUCGAAUCGGUCCAACGCCUGCGAAUCUGCAUUCAAUACAUACAAAACGAUCGGCAUGUCCAACUCCAAAUACCACGAGCCGUGGCCCAAAGUGCAUGUUGGUACCGAAUUGCUCGAAAAAUGCGUGAAAUCCUCGGUGGAUGAGAACUGGUCCCAGGAACAGCUCAUCGAACAGCUGUUUGCUAUUUUAUCUACAGCUAUUCCGGAGCGCGAGAAAUGGAAAGACAUGUCAUACAACGAUGCGUUUGACUUGCUUCCCAACAGCAUCUUUAUCCCGCCGGUGUGGUCAGACGCCGCAAACGAUUACUACGGCACGCGAACCCAUACCAUCAUCAUGCUAAACAAAAAUGGUCAAGUCACCUAUAUCGAACGCGACCUGCACACGAGCCGUAAUCUGGACGAGGCUCCACAAACAAGAAAAUACGAAUUUAGUCUAGAGAAUGACGACACAUGA